AUGCCCCUCGAAGGCGUCAAAAAUAUUGUGCUGGUCCUCUCCGGCAAAGGCGGAGUCGGCAAAUCGUCAGUGACGCUGCAGCUCGCUCUCGCGCUUACGCUCCAGGGGAAAUCGGUCGGCAUCCUCGAUAUCGACCUCACGGGCCCUUCCAUUCCCCGCCUGGUUGGCAAGGAGGAUGCGAAAAUAACGCAGUCGCCGCGUGGCUGGAUACCAGUGGAGGUUUACCCUGGCGAUGCUAAGAACGAUACGAAUGCGGCUUCGCGCGGGUCGUUGCGAUGCAUGUCUGUAGGCUUUCUUUUGCGCGAUCGCGGAGACGCCGUGAUCUGGCGGGGUCCGAAGAAGACGGCUAUGGUGCGCCAGUUUAUGACGGAUGUAUAUUGGGGGGAGACGGAUUACUUGCUUAUUGAUACGCCUCCGGGAACGAGCGACGAACACAUUGCCAUUGGCGAGAGUCUUCUCACCAUGUCGACGCCUUUACGUACGACAGCCACAAGCCAGAAUAUAUCCUAUCUCGCCGGCGCGGUGCUUGUCACUACGCCCCAGGCCGUCGCGACGUCUGAUGUUCAGAACAUGUCCGGGUAUACGUGUCCAUGCUGUGGAGAAGUGAGCAAUUUGUUCUCUCGUGGUGGAGGGGAAGUUAUGGCAACUGAAAUGUCGGUUCCAUUCCUGGGCCGCGUGCCUAUCGAUGUCAAGUUCGGCCAGCUUGUUGAAAGCCAGGAGAUUGGGGAGGAGUCAGAGAGUGAUUAUGAAGAUGAUGAAAAUGUCGGCAAGACUGCUGGCAAUGGUACAGGGAAUAAAACUGGACAGGUUGAAGAGCAGGGACCUGGACAACGUCCGGCCGAACUUGAUAAUCGACUAUUGGUAGACAGAUAUAUGGAUUGCUGGUCGUAUCCCGUCUUCCAAGGCUUCACCAAAACUCUUUUGGAAAAAAUUGAAACCUGA